AUGGGCGAAGAAGCUGACCAGCCUCCGGUUUCUGAGGGUGUCCAGACCGAUCUCCCUGAUCGGUCUGCCGACUCCCCUCCUGCCCCUCAGCAGAAAGCGGGCAAGCAGAAAUCGAAGAAACCGGACGACACCCCGCUCCCCGACUUCAUCGUCGCGCGCAACAAAUUAUUCGACGAGCUUAAAAAGGCUGCCGACGAGGAAUUGAAAAACAAACCCCGAUUCGACAUCACAGUCACCCUCGAUCUCGGCAACGGUGCGCCAGCAACGGUGAUUGCCAAAGCGUGGGAAUCUACACCUGGUUCUUUCUUGAAAGAUAUACCGAAGGAGUUUAGCUCCAAUGUUGUUAUCGCAAAACUUGAUGGAAAACAACUUUGGGAUUUAGAUCGCCCGCUGGAAAGAGACUGCAGGGUUUCCUAUCUUCCCUUCGACUCGCCGGAAGGCAGGGAGGUGUUUUGGCAUUCCAGUGCUCACGUCCUGGGUGAAGCCGCAGAAUGCGAAUAUGGAUGCAUGCUUUCCCAUGGGCCUCCUACUGCUCAGGGGUUCUUUUAUGACAUGGCAUUGCCCAACAAUGGAGUCGUCAAAGAAUCAGACUGGCCGUCUUUAGAUAGCCGAUCGAGUAAGAUCUUCAAGGAAAAACAAUCAUUUGACCGAUUGGAAGUCUCCAAAGAGGAUCUGAAGAAGAUGUUCAGCUAUAGCAAGUAUAAGAUGCACUAUAUCAAUAAUUUGGUUGAAGGCGAGAGCAGCACUGUCUACCGAUGCGGAACCCUUGUUGAUCUGUGUAGAGGGCCCCAUAUUCAAAGUACCGGCAAAAUUAAGGCAAUGAAGAUCAUGCAGAAUUCAUCUGCAUAUUUCUUAGGAGAUCAAUCGAAUGAUUCUCUCCAGCGAAUUCGUGGUGUCGCCUUCCCAGAUAAGAAAUCUCUCCAAGGGCAUCUAAAAUUCCUUGAGGAGGCUGAGAAACGUAAUCAUUUGAAAAUUGGAAAAGAACAGGAACUAUUCUUCUUCGAUGAAGUCUCUCCAGGGUGUCCUUUCUUACUUCCAAAUGGCACUAAGAUCUUCAACUCAUUGCAAAAGCUUCUCCGCACGGAGUAUCGCAAGCGUGGCUACCAGGAAGUCCAAUCGCCCAACAUGUACGACGUCGGAUUAUGGCGCACUUCCGGCCACUGGAACCACUACAAAGAUGACAUGUUUAAACUUGCUGUUGAGAAGCGAGAGUGGGCAUUAAAACCCAUGAACUGCCCAGGACAUUGCAUUAUGUUCAACCAUCGUGAGCGGAGUUAUCGAGAGUUGCCACUACGUAUGGCCGAUUUUGGUGUGCUUCAUAGAAACGAGGCCUCUGGUGCUUUACAUGGUUUGACUCGUGUUCGAAAAUUCCAGCAAGACGAUACGCAUAUAUUCUGCACUGAGGAUCAGAUCACCCAAGAGAUUGAAGGCCUUUUCGACUUCCUUCGCGCCAUCUACGGGCUGUUUGGGUUUAGCUUUAAGUUGAAGCUCUCAACGAGACCGGAGAAAUAUCUAGGAAAACUCGAGACCUGGAAUUUCGCCGAAGCCCAGCUUAAGGAAGCACUUACCAGGUUCAAGGGCUCUGAUUGGGAAAUAGAUGAAGGCGACGGCGCAUUCUAUGGGCCCAAAAUCGAUAUCACUAUUCAGGAUGCUCUUAAGAGAGAAUUCCAGUGUGCGACCAUUCAACUUGAUUACCAGCUACCUCAAAAUUUCAAACUUGAAUACAUGACCAAUGAAACAGGAAGACCCAAGGCCACGGAUGCCAAAAAGGACGAAACUUCGCCCAAGGGAGAUGACGACAAUCCAUCCCCUGAUUCCGACGACGGCACCCCUGGACCUGGGCGUGCUCGGCCUGUCAUGAUCCACAGGGCCAUCAUCGGUAGCUUCGAACGAUUCUUUGGUAUCCUGAUUGAGCAUUUCGGUGGUAAAUGGCCUUUUUGGCUCAGCCCUCGACAAAUCCUCAUUGUGCCAGUUAUGCCAGCUGUCUAUGAUUACGUGGAGGAGCUCCAGGGGAUCCUUCGCGGUGAUAAGCUAAAUGUGGACAUUGACGUCAGCGGGAAUACUUUGCAGAAGAAGAUUCGAAAUGGCCAACUGGCUCAAUAUAACUUCAUCUUUGUUGUCGGAGCACAAGAAAAGGAAACCCGCACUGUCAAUAUCCGGAAUAGAGACGAUCCUAGCUCACAGGCAAAGGGAAGCUUGAUCCCGCUCGAUGAGGCUAGAGCCAAAUUGCAUGCUCUUCGCAAAGAGCGUCGCCUUGUGAAUUCUCUUUAG